AUGACUGACAGAAAAGCCGUUAUCAAGAAUGCCGACAUGGCUGAAGAUAUGCAGCAAGAUGCUGUUGAAUGCGCUACACAAGCUUUAGAAAAGUUUAACAUUGAAAAAGAUAUUGCUGCGUAUAUCAAGAAAGAAUUUGACAAAAAGUAUAAUCCAACAUGGCAUUGUAUCGUAGGACGUAAUUUUGGCUCAUUUGUAACACAUGAGACUAAACAUUUCAUCUAUUUUUAUCUCGGACAAGUUGCUAUAUUAUUGUUUAAGUCCGGAUAG